CGCGAUAGCUCUGCAAAUUAUCGAGAAUCGAUUCAGAGCGGCCUCAUUACAGCUUUCACUUUCUCGAUUCGUACUCAAGCUAGGAUGUUCGUUUCAACCGCUGUCGUUUUGCUUGUCCUUACAAGGGCAGUUUUUAGCCUUGAUAAUGUAGAUUACGUUCCAGUUGGAUGCUACAAAGAUGAAACGUCAAACAGGACCUUACCCGAACUGCUAGAAAACUAUCGUGUGAAAACUACAAAGUAUCCAGAUGUCUUGGACUGGGAAGACUUGGGAAGUUCAGUGAUUCAAAGAUGUGCAGUUAAGGCUAAAAGAAAGGGAUAUUCGUUUUUCGCAAUCCAAUUCUAUGGGGAAUGCUGGAGUGGACCAGACAGCGAGAAUACCUACGCAAAGCACGGCUCGUCAUCAAGAUGCACUCGGAAAGCUCCGUUGGUAGGCAAGCAACGAGCAAACUACGUCUACAUGCUUACCACAGAAAAUGAGUGUAAAGACUACAAAGAACUUGACGAUGCUGACCGAUCUCAGAAUCAAGUGACCGACAGAGCAAAGCCGUUAAGGUGUGACCACAAACGAUUGGACGAAAACAGCUGGUACAGGUUCACUGGCGCGGCAGGAAAUGCAAUGGCGGACAAAUGUGUAGACCCUGGGAAAUGCCAGACGCUCAGCACUGGCUGGUAUAAUGGAUCAUACCCUAAGGUUGAGGAAGGAAUCCAGAGCGGACCUGUUUGUUUCAGUUGGAACAGGAAGUGCUGUCCCCCUGAAUCGAAAGUCACCGUUGGUAUUCGUAACUGCUCGUCGUUUUUCGUAUAUAAGCUGAAAAACGACAUUAAGCGAUGUGUAAAGGCCUAUUGCGGAAAUGGAGCUUCAUUAGAGAUUUGAAGACGAUCGACCCAAGUUUGAUCACAAAAAAAAAAAAGUUUUCAAAAAGGAGAUCAAUCACUGCAGUAAUAAACGGGGUGAUGAAACCUUUUAAACGUAUCGUGAUUAGUGUGUUAUGUGAAGCCAAUUAACUGAAAAUAAAAAUUGAAGCUUACAAAAGAUAUGUGUAACGAAUAACCCAUUAUUUCACAA